UAGCACAAAAUGGCGGGACGAAUAUUGUUGAGACGUCUUCAUUUGGCCGUGACGAGACUGUGCAGUGAAAGGUCUAUCAAAUUUAACGAGGAAUUGUUACAAAUAUUGGCUUGUCCACUCUCAAAGAAACCGCUAAGGUACGAUGAGAAGACGAACGAGCUGGUUAGCGACGAAAUUGGCGUAGCGUAUCCCAUCAGAGACGGCAUACCGUGCCUGUUGCCUCAAGAAGGACGUCGUAUCAAGAGAGAACAUGAAAAACUGACAGAAGCCACAGACAAUUGAUUAUAUUUUGAUUAUACGUAACAGUGUGAGUGUAAGAUGGUCUCAGACCGUUGGUGUACGCGGGGCGGAUGGAUACCCUAUUAAUAUCAAUUUCUAGCU